AACAUGCCAGGAAACAUGCCGGAACCACAACCUUGACGGGGACGUGCAUUUGGAUACGGUGCGGGCCAUAGAAUUAGUAUCUGACCUCACAGGCAUAAUGAAACCAUACAAACAUAACAAAACAGCGUUAUUGUCAGGGAAUACUUGAUCGACUGCAUUGCAUUUCUCAAAGGAUCGACUGCAUUGCAUUUUUCAAAGCACAGGUUUUAACACUAGGCUACGCUCACACAGAGAACAAGUAUAUCAUUUCAGGUUACUGAGUUUUCAGCAGCAUGAUCCGUUCGUAUAUUCCCAUCAGCGUGGCUUCGGCUUUCGGGUUCCAGUGUGUCAACUUUCUGUUCAACUAUGACUUACCUCUGAUCCCGUCGCCUGUUGGGAAGUUUGCUGACAAGGAGCGGUAUCGAUGGCGCAACGCAGGCACUGCGCUGGUCAGCGAUUUCAUUAUAUCCGGAAUUGUUAUUUACUGUUUGUAUAGCCAGCCAGGACUAUGGAGCGAUCCGGUGAGGCACUACGCCGUGUCAGUCGAAGUUUGCUUCGCAGUGCUAUCCGGGUUUUACAUGCACGAAACGUAUGAUCUGCUGACUCACAAUCCCUUAUUCAAGGAUUGGUUGCUUGUUUUUCACCACGGCAUUGUGAUUUCCACAUUCUUCAUGAUGAGUAUCGAGCACAUAGCAAUGGGCAUCUUGACAAUAAACCUACUGAACGAAGUGAACGCCAUCUUCCUUCACUCCCGCAAACUCCUGCUGAUGCAUGGAGUCUCCAAACACAGCUUUUCCUAUGGCGUUCACGUGCUUCUCAACCUCGGUACCUUCUUUGUUCUGCGCCUGAUACCGUUGGCGUUCGCCGUUUACCACUCCUUCACCCAGCCAAUGCCGUAUUACCUGGAGAUAGUGAUGCCCUGCAUGACCACGGGCGUUGCUAUCGUCGACGUCCUCCAGCUUUGGAGUUUGAUCCGCAGUGAUCUUUUGUCGAAGGCCAGGGAUGGAAAAGAUUAGGACUUCAAGGACAUCUAGGCCUUUAUAGACCAUUGUCAUGUUGCGGCCAUCUUGAUUUUCCCCAUUCAAAUCUACGUAACCAAAGAGAGGCUGGAAGGAAAAAUAGUCUGGCUCCUUUGGCACCAAAAGCAUUAUCAUUCAGUACUGCUUUUUGAUACAGGGAACAUGACUGAACUGGGGGCAGCAUGGUAAAGGGGUCACUCAUGUCAACGGUUCAAUAUUUUAUAAAGCAUCAGUUCGGAAUCUUUCCAUUUUUGGUUUUUGAACUGAACAUUAAAAAGGAAUGUACGAAAGGUUGUCAGGUCAGAGAGGAAGCCGGAGCCGAAUCCGAUGUUUAAAGAAUACAUGUAUCCAAUGUGGAUGGGGAACAUUCCCGCUCUCUUAUUGGAAAAAUGUUCUCUGAAACCACCGACGUGUUCGUGGCGUAAAUGAAGGGGAUGCAUACCUAUGUUGCCCAAUACCUAUGUUCCCCAACCCUAACCCUAACCCUAAGGAUUUUGGGAACAUAGGUAUUGGAGAACAUAGGUAUAGGGGAACAUGGAUUGGGGAACAUAUAGGGUAUACCCCAACGAAGGCCUAGUAUUAUUUCGUACGUGCCGUGUUCAAUACUGAGCAGGUCAUGAUGUGGUAUUCGUCAAAAUCGUAUUGUGUACUUCAUAUAAAACUUGUUUCCCUGUUUACGUUUUCCUGAUCAAUAAUUCGUAUUAAGUAGAAUUAUAUGGUAUUCGUCUUACAUUAGAAACACACUCUUGGAAAAAAUGGUCCGAUUAACUUAUUCUUUAUGAUGGGACUUGCGGUUUUGCCGAAGUCAAUUGAGCGUGAUCGGCUGACUGAUAAGGUUUACGCCCAAAACCCCCGGCCAAUGAGGUUUUGUAUAGAAAGCUGCCGGACCACUUUUUGCGAGAGUGUGCCGGUAAUGCUCAGCCUGCAUACUACCAAAUUUGCCAAUGGCACCCCUACGUUUUCUCGUGCAAAUAGGACCAUAAAUGUAUCAAAUCUGCCCUUAGAUAAUAUCCCAAAAGCUAGGCAGAUGAUCCUCUGCUAUAUUCGCACGAUUCAACCGAUUUUUAAACUAGACGGUCUCGUUUUUAACAAAAAUUUGUGGGGUCACUGUUUAUACAAAUGACUCGCGUAGAAAUUUUGAAACACUGAUCAAAAUCAUGGCGCCCGCUGUCGGUCUUAUUGCGCCAUUCUGAUAUAUCGUCUGUCUAGCUCCCACCCCCCCCCCCCCACACACACCGAAAAAUAAUAGUAAUUAAAUACUGUUUAAAAAUGUGCUCGUUUAUUCAGAAUUUCAUAAAGCAUAUUCCAAGCUGGAAAAAAAAAAAUAAAACCCGUUGUGACAUCCGUCGCGGCAUGUGACAUAUACCCA